AUAUGGGGCGGAAACUUGAUAUUUGGCGGCGACAAAACAGACGAGAUACUCGCGGCGAUUCGAAACUUUACUGAGAAUUAUCAAGACCCAAAGGCAGCCAUCAUUGCAACUUCGGAGUUAACUGUAUUGAACAGCGUCAAUAUCUGGAUCUUCUUUCUGUUCUACGACGGACCACAGCCCCCAUCUGGAGUAUUUGACGAAUUCUUGAACAUCAAAUCUUCGCUUAACACUUGUAAGACGAGGUCCUACACCGACUUGCUCAAAGCGAACAACGCCUUCGUCUUGAAAGGUAGUGUUUACACUAUCGCUACGGAAACGACACCUCUUCCACCAGCUGCAGUAGGCGCAAAAGUGAUGCGAUCUUACUACGACCAUUGGUACAAAACGUCAGCUGUAAAGUCAGGAAUAGCCGGGAUUAUUGCCUCGAUGGCUUUUCAACCCAUACCAAAGUCACUAGCCCGGAUCAGCCGAGAGAAAGGAGGCGAUCUGCUGGAUCUCGACGACGAGUUCGACAGAAUCAUCUUCGAGUUUGAUUACUCCUAUUUGUUCCGACUAGAUGACGCUGCGGUUGAUGAUACAAUGGUCAAAUUAUAUACUGGUAUGAAAUCUCUUGUUGAUGGAUUUGUCCAAGAUGGCACUCUUCCAGACGCAUACAGGCCCCUGUUUAUGAACGAUGGAUACUUUCGGCAGGACUACUGGGGAAGGUUGAAGUCAGAGAAGAGAGAGUUGGCGGGAAGAGUGCGGGCUUCGGUUGAUCCGGAGGCCUUGUUCCAGAACAGAACCGGAGGGUUCAAACUCUUAGUCCAAACCAUCCAGAUUCCAAGUAUGCAGACCGGAGUUUAG